AGCCAGUGCAUUGAGUACACCGGUGCUGGAGGAGGGUAUACUACUCGUAGUUCCUGUUAUGUUAGCACGCCCCUCAUGUGAUGCUCAGAAGACUAUUGGAUCCAUUACCCCUCAAUCUCAUGCUGCCUAGGUGAUUCCUGGUACUGCGUUCAAGACCUCGUGUCCAAUCAGCGACGAGUUUCAUGAUGACACCUUGGGAUUCCGCGAAGUAGUUUCUUUCAGAAGAGAUGACAGCGAAACAGAGUUGACGCACUUAUGAGGAAAGAAGGGAAUGACAGUACGCAAAGUUCCACAAUUUGUUAUGUGGUUCAAAUAAUAUUGGGAAUAGGCACUUGGAUGUUUAUUCGAUAACUUGUGCGUGCAGACGCAAGCGACACGCACUUUUAUUCUUCGCUUGGAAUAUUAAUCAUCCCAGUCACAUUGGGAAAGACACGUGUAGGCGUGAAGCCACGUUUUCCGGAGUCAUCUGUUUCCCGAUGCGCAUAUGACGAGAAUCCCGCUCCCUAAGUUUAGGUGUGUUUAAAUUACAGUAGCAGCUGAUUUCUCCAUUUCCAGGACAUUUUUGGGUAGGCUAACUACAAUGACGGAGUCUGAAACUGCAGCAAGGUCCUUGGGGACGGUCUCAAACGGUGACCGCUCAGACAAACUAGCCGGCGAGGAGGGAUCUGAAGAAAGUCAAGAAAGCCGGACCCUGUUAAUGGUCGCAAAGAUUCUGCUGGACUUAAAUCAGUGUAUCCCGAGCGGCAUCAGCAGCAAAUGCAUUGUGAACAGUGAUACGGACAAUCCACCCGGCGUGAAGGAAAACCGGGAGAAAUGCAGACAAAGCUCGAGCAGGGGGAAAAGGACACGGAACCGUGACAGAUUACGUGUAUCCGCUGAGAAGAAACACUGCUGUCCCUAUGCUGACUGCGGGAAAAUAUACGGCAAAUCAUCCCAUCUUAAGGCGCACUUCAGAGUACACACGGGUGAGAGGCCCUUUCAGUGUACUUGGCCAGGCUGCGCAAAGAAAUUCUCACGAUCGGAUGAAUUGACGAGACAUUUUCGCACGCACACCGGCGAGAAGCGCUUCACGUGCCCGCUCUGCGACAAAUGCUUCAUGCGAAGCGAUCACCUCACCAAGCACGCCCGCAGACACGACGGCUUCCACCCCAGCAUGCUCCAGGGUCCCUCCGGGCGAAGACGACACUCUUCAACGUCCACAUCGUCCUCUGGCUCCAGCGAUCACGUGUCUGCUGGUGUUUGAGCAACCACGUGACCCCUCCACUGCAUAUUUUGGAUGUCUUUCUUUCCUGAGGCUAAGAUCUCGGAGCUUCUGUUAUUGAGUUAAUUAUAUGAGAUAACAGAGGUGUUAUGCAUAAUGGAGAUGCUGUGCUGGAGUUCUCAUGGACUUCUCAAUGGAAUGGACAGUAAUCAUUUGGCAGAAACAAUGUAAUAAGCAUUUACUCUGAGGAUUAUUUAAAAUGUAUAGGGGUAUGUCACAGAUAUGACAGAUUUCAAUACAGAGGAGCCAGGGGAUUUAUUAUACAACCACUGUGACAAAGGGAAGUGAACAUAUUCUGAAUAAAACUAUAUUAUGCGUGCUGAAACCGACACAUUUUAUUGAUCACUUUGAAGUGUCAAAUUUUGCAGUGGUCCAAUUAUUGGAAGUGGGUUUUACAAUAGUCGCUAUGAAUGUUUUCGGUUCUUUUGUGUUAUUUACGGGGACAGUGGUUGAUUUCAGUGUUGAAGAUAUGAUAUUAAUAGAUGGGUACUUAUGAGAUAAAGUUUGCAUUGGUUUUACAUACACAAACAAGCUUUUGUGAUUGUUUUUUUUUUUAACAAUCAUAAUCAUUUGCAUAUUCUAAUCAGUUAUGCAGAAGAAUGUAACUUAUUUAAUGUACAGCAUUGAAAAUACUCCUCAUUCAGAACACUUUUAUUAUUUCUUUUUGAAACUUUUUUUUUAUCAGCCUUCACAAAUGAUGUAGUGAGACUCAACAAAUGUUCACUCAUUAAUAGUUUCCCACCGCCAUCUAUUGGUUUGUUAUGGGAAAACACACUACAAGCUGUGCCUUAGGACCGUACACUAAUUGAACAGCUGAAAAAGACAGAACAAAAUAUUGUAUUUCUCCCACUAUCUAUGGUUUUAUUAGCAGCUGUUUACUUGAAAUAGUGUAAUUUAAAUCUAGAUCUACCGUAAUGAACAGCCAUUGUGCUUUAAAAGACACAAGCACAAACUGAAUUUUAAAUGUGAAUCAAAAAUCAAUGCAUUGGUUCUUUAUUCAAUAACAAUUGUAUAGAUUUUUAUAUUUGAUGUUAUGAUAACAGAUCAACAGAUGUUUGGCUUUUAUUGUCAUAUAGUAUCUGUGCUAAUUUAUUGUUCAGAUGUUCCAUGUUUAGUAGACUGAGAGUCUGAAUUCAAGAAGCAGGUUAUUUGAAACAUACAGUAAUUGUAAAAAUGCUCAACCUGUGCCUCGUUUUGAGCUUAAGAACUCUUAGAUUGCAGAAUGUAAUAAAAGUACUUUGGUGUAAUUUACAAAACUCUU